AUGAUUCAUUCGGCAAUCCACACAGCCCGUCCCGAUGUUAACUGCGCCGCGCAUGCCCAUUCCUUAUAUGGGCGUACCUUUUGUACUCUUGGGAGAACCCUAGAUAUCACCACCCAGGACAGCUGUGCCUUCUAUAAUGAUCACGUGUUGUAUGGAAAUUUUAGAGGCGUAGUCCUAGAAGAAGAGGAGGGCAUUGCUAUUGCUCAGACUCUUGGAGCAAAGAAGGCAGCUUUGCUCCAAAACCAUGGACUACUCACCACCGGUGGGACCGUAGAGGAGACCGUAUUCUGGUUCCUAUCUCUGGAGAAGUGCUGUCAUAGCCAAUUGCUCGCAGACGCAGCUGCAGCCGGUAGGGGAGAAACGACCAAGAAAAUUGGCAACAAGGAGGCUAUGGAUACCUGGAAGGUGAUCGGUAGUAGAAAGAGCGGGCACUUCUCAGGGAGGCCGUUAUUUGACUUAAUUGAGGUUGAGACAAAGGGGGAUUACAAAAAUUAG